CGCGAACAGUCACACAGGCAGAUGCGGAGAAACAGAUAACACGGCGAAGCAUCACUUCAACUUAAUUCAACUUUUAACAGCGAACACUGGAACUCCGGCUCAACGUAUUCCAUUGCGCUCUAAAUUAAUUAACGUGACAGAGUGAGCGGGUGUUCGUGUUCGAGAGCCGUUUGACCAUGGAUACAGUCGCACCUGAGAAGAAAAGGGUGAGUUCGGAGCGAAGGAAAGAGAAAUCUCGGGACGCUGCACGUUGUCGGAGAGGAAAAGAAUCAGAGGUGUUUUAUGAGCUGGCCAAAGAACUUCCGAUUCCUCACAGUGUCACCUCUAACCUGGACAAAGCAUCGGUCAUGAGACUCGCUCUCAGUUACCUGCGUCUCCGUAAAAUACUGGACACAGGUGUUCUUGGCCUGGAGACUGAAUUGGACUCUCAAUGGAACUGCUCAUUUCUGAAAGCUCUGGACGGGUUUCUUAUGGUUAUGUCUGCUGAGGGUGACAUGGUCUACCUCUCAGAGAAUGUCAGCAAUUGUCUGGGCCUACCGCAGAUCGACCUUACUGGUCACAGUGUGUUUGAGUUUACUCAUCCAUGUGACCACGAGGAGCUCAGAGAAAUGCUGGCACACAAGACAGGUCUGUCAAAGAAAGCAAAGGAACAGCACACCGACAGAAGUUUUCUGUUGAGGAUGAAAUGUACACUGACCAGCAGAGGGCGCACUGUCAACAUCAAAUCUGCCUCCUGGAAGGUUUUGCGCUGUUCGGGCCACAUCCACACAGCAGAUUGCAUUGAGAAGGGUGAGUUUGUGGGAAAAAAAAUAUGUUCAACAUACCUGGUGCUGAUCUGUGAGUCCAUUCCCCACCCGGCAAACAUUGAGGCACCUCUGGAUUCUAGAACAUUCCUCAGUCGCCACACUUUGGAUAUGCGCUUCACCUAUUGUGAUGACAGGAUCACAGAUUUGUUGGGAUUUCAUCCAGUGGAUCUGUUGCAGCAUUCUGUGUAUGAGUACUAUCACGCCUUGGAUUCUGACCAUAUGACCAAAGCACACCUCAACCUGUUUGUGAAGGGGCAGGUAUGUACAGGAUUGUACCGUCUACUGGCUAAAGCAGGAGGCUUUGUUUGGGCAGAAACUCAGGCCACUGUGAUCUAUAACAGUAAACACUCCCAGCCACAGUGUGUGGUCUGUGUCAACUAUAUCCUCAGUGGCAUAGAACAACCCAAACAAAUCAUGUCGAUACAACAGACCAGUAGUACAAAAAUAAAACAGGAGGAGGAAGAUGAGUCAGAAAUGGUGAAAGAUGACAAGAUAGAGUCCUUUGUGGUUGAAGUAACCAUGGGAGGGCUAAAAGACAAGAGAAAAGAGGGGGAUGAGAAGGAAGAGGAGUAUGUGGAAGCAGAGCUAACACCUUCAGUGCUACAUGACAGUCUGAAGGGGGAGCCAGAGACACUGACAGACCCUGCAGUAGGACAAGCCUUCCUCAGACUGGAUAUCAACAGCACAGACUCAGCAAUCUCUGUGUUGACAGACAUUCCUCUCUACAAUGAUGUCAUGUUGCCCUCUUCGAGUGUUCUACUGCCCCUCUCACCCCUCUCUCCUCCUGAUAAUGCCCUGAUCUCCACCCUACAUGAUGCUGACACCUCCACAGCUCAGCUAGAGUCUGACGGCUUCCCACAGUCAUCUACUCUUGACUCAUCCAGAUCUCAGAUGGAGCCUAGUCACAAUUUUACAGCUGAUCUCCCCAUGGUUUCAGGAUUAAGUAACCAGCUAAAAGAGGAUCAGGUGGAGAGACUUUUUUCCAUGGAUAUUGAGUCUAAGAAACCCUUUAAUACACAGGCUGUGGGUUUGGAUCUGGAGAUGUUAGCGCCAUACAUUCCCAUGGAUGAUGAUUUCCAGCUUCGGACUCUUUCUCCAGCAGAGUCUGUGUGUUCCAGCCUAGGUUCAGCUUUUGAAUUGAUGCCCUCCAGCAGCACACAAACUACCCCUUCUGUCCCAACAGCCCAAUCAGAAUCAGUGUGUUGUGGUGCAGCUCAGCAGUGCUCUGGAACCCCAGAACAGACCAGUAGCAGAUUAUUUAUUCAAGACAGUGAUAUUUCUUCAACAUGUGAGGCCAACCCAAAGCUGCUCAAGAGGAAACUUGAGACCAUAACUCUCUCUGAAGCAAUAAGGCUAGGGUCUGUGCUGCAGGUUGUUGCUGAUAUACCAGAGAAAAAGGUCAGAAAGUCAGACACUGCAUCGUCAGGAGGUCUCCAUCAUGCCAUGAUACUUUUGCUGCCAUCUGAUGUUGCAAGCAGGUUAAUGAGCAGAUCGUCAGAGGACGGGGUGAUAUCUGUGCCCCUCCCUCAACUUACCCGUUACGACUGUGAAGUAAAUGCACCUGUGGCUGGGCGGCAACACCUGCUUAAGGGGGAGGAGCUACUGUGUGCCUUGGACCUAGUUAUUUGAAAAGCCAUACUUCAAAUACACUAAAAUACAACAUUUACACUAACUAUUUCUCAUAGAUUAAAUGUUACUUUUCCUAUGACUAUGGAGGAAUCAAGAGAUUGCCAUUCAUUAGCAAGAGACAUUGAGUAAUAAAAUGUGCAGGGAUGUUUUUGCCUCUAAUGAGUAGAUGGAAAAUACAUGCUAGACAUCGAAAAGCAAAAGAUUUAUAAUACUGUACUGUAUAUUAAUAAUGAAAGAAAAAUACAUGUAAAACAGAAUUCAUAUAGCUAUCGUGAGCUGUGCUCUUAUAGUUUAGAUAUACGCACACAGAGAGGAGAAUAUUAUUUUGUAUUCUGCAUAAGAUUGUAAUGUGUUCAGAAACAGUCACACUACAGAAAAGUGUUUCUUGCACAAAUGAAUUACCAGCAGCCUAUUCAGAAAAUGUUUAAUUAUUAGCACUGUUGUUUUUAUAAUUACUUUCAAGGUAUGUCUACUUGUUUGUUGUUUUCUUUGUUCAGAGCUCUAUGUAUCUUAUGUGAAAGCAUACAUUCACUAUAUGUGCAUAUAUGUUGUGAAAUGUCUAAAGUGGCUGUUAUUCUGCUGUAUUGAAAUAUACAGUGUUUUGUGAUAUUUGAGAGUAAUCAUCAUAUUGGUAAGUGUGCAGCCCAAUUUGGAAUCAGUUUUGUGAUUAUCAUAUUACAAAAGCAAACUACCUUGAUGCUGAAAAUAUUACUCAUUAUUAUUAUAAUUAUUACUAGAGAUUUCUCUGAAGUUAAAUCUCUGAAUAUAGGGCAUUACAAGUAAACUUGUAUUUAUUUCCCUACACUAUCACUUUCCUGCGUUAACAUUGGCUGAUGGGAAACAUAAGAUGUGGUAGUGUAAAACCCCUAGUGUCUGAUCUUUGCAACUGUCCUCUGUUUUUCUUCCUUUGUCGUGUCACGUUGUCUUCAAACAAUUGUAAUGUCUGUAACAAAUAAAACAAAUG